CUCCAUGGAAAUACCACUACUCUCUCUCUCAUCACCUUGGUUAAUUAUAUAGCCGCAUACUCUUACCACCUCUCACAAGAACAAAACUUUCCCUCCUUCCACACAAUGUAUCAAUAUCUUUAUCAUUUAAUCUAAUUUCCAGCUUCUUAGUUCUUAUCCCCUCCAUCAAAUUUUGUCAUUUGUUAAUUAUACAACCACUUUUUUUUCAUGGAUGAUAUUGAAGUUCCUCAGUAUUUCAUCUGCCCAAUAUCUCUUCAGAUCAUGAAAGACCCUGUGACAACCAUUACAGGUAUCACGUAUGACCGGGAGAGCAUCGAGCACUGGCUAUUCCAGAGCAAGAACAUCACAUGUCCUGCCACCAAACAGCCGCUCCCGAAAGACUCCGAACUAACCCCCAACCACACGUUGCGCCGCUUAAUUCAGGCGUGGUGCACUGACAAUGCCUCCUACGGCAUUGAUCGAAUACCAACUCCGAAACCACCUCUCAACAAGGCUCAAGUCCUCAAGCUCCUCAAGGACUUUUGGCACCCUCAGCUCCAGCUGAAUAUUAUUCGAAAGUUGGAGUUCCUCGCGGUGGAAAACGAAGGGAAUAGGAAGUACAUGGUGGAAGCCGGCGUGGCUAAGGCCAUGUUGUUAUUCAUUACAAACAUAUGUUACAAGAACGGCCAGGUGGAUGGCCUAGAAGAAGCCCUUAGCAUACUUCACUUUGUUCGGAUUUCUUCCGAAGAAUUAAACCGUCUCUUUAUGGAAAACGAUCAGAUCAUCAAUUCGUUGACAUGGGUUUUUGGUUGCGAAACGGAGAAUCAAAUCGCGGUCAGUACGCAUGCGGUGUUGGUGCUCAAAUAUAUCAUCCAAAAGGCAAACUCAACAGUGCUAGAAACCCUAGACCGUAAUUUUUUUAAGAAACUUGUUGGGAUUUUGAGAAAUGGGGUCACACAACAAGGGGUGAAUGCAGCUCUACAUGUCAUGUUAGACGCUUGUCCUUGGGGAAGAAAUCGAAUCAAGAUGGUCGACGCUGGGGCUGUUUACGAGCUCAUAGAGCUUGAAUUUUGUGCUCCAGAAAAGAGAACAACGGAGCUCAUUUUUGGUAUAUUGUUUCAUUUGUGUUCUUGUGCUGAUGGGAGAGCUCAGUUUAUUAGUCACAAAGGAGGCAUCUCUGUUGUGUCAAAGAGACUCCUUAGGGUUUCUCCAACAACUAAUGACCGAGCAGUUUUGAUCCUUUCUAUGGUAAGCAAGUACUCAGGAACCAACUCGGUGCUUCAGGAGAUGUUGGAGGUUGGAGCUGUGCCUAAGCUUUGCACUUUGCUCCAAGUUGACUGUGCUCCAUACCUGAAAGACAAAGCAAGGGAAAUCCUUAAAUCACAUUAUGAGGAGUGGAAGAACUGUCCUUGUCUUGGUAUGUCUCUGUAUCCCAGAUGACCAAAUACAAAAUGUGUUCAUACAAAUUAAGUUUACCUGCUAUAGUAUUUAUGUUAAAUGCAAUUUUUUGAACAAACAAAUUAAGAAGAAAGAAAGAGAAUGAAGUUAUUAUGUACUGUCAGAGUAGGGGGUUUUUUUUUUUUUUUUUUUUUUUUUUUAAGCAAAUAUAUAAUUGUACUUCUUAUGAGAAUCUUGUAAUUAACUUAUGUCCAUUUUAUAAGGAAUUAAACAUAAAAAUUAACUUGACAACGAUAAACUCUCUUUCUCUGCUGUGUAAUUAUUUCAAAACGUCGUAUAAAAAUUAGGAAUCUUUGAUUUAAUUCAAUCAAAACUUACAAUAUACCACACAUUUAUUUUAAAUUAUAGGAGGCCAAUAACUUUUCAAAUACACUAAUCACUAAUGCACCCAAUAAAAAACACAAAUUACUACUAUACUGCUAGUACAUAUGUUCAACUGGAAGUCCCUUUUUAAAAGAGUAAUGUUAUUCUUACCACAAUUUUAUACCACAUUUUAUUACAAUCUUAUGUGGCAGAUGAGUUGAACAAGUUACAUCAUUUAAUUUCAAUCUUUUUAUUAAUUAAAACACUUAAAUAAUCUUAGGUGGAAGAAGGAGACUCCUCGUAUACUACAAUCAUCAUUUAAUUAACAAUCUUUUUAUUAAUUAUUGAUCCACAUUUUGAAAUUAAAUGCUAAUUAAUUUAGAAGAUGUGUCUGUCCACAUCAGAUGUCACCUAAGGUGGUAUACAAUUAUGGUACAAAAAUAUGGUAAGAAUAGCAUUAUUGUUUUCAAAAUUUUCAUAAUUUGGGAAUAAGUGCCGUUUAGGUUUUGAUUAUUUGGAGAUGCUUCCCAACGAGUGCGUAUUUUACUAUCUAUUUUAAUCUGAAAGUUGGCAUUUUCCGAUGAUAUGUUGAAUGUAAAUAAAAUGAUUUACAUGGAUUUGUGCCCUUAUGACUAGAUAAUGAGAAGGAAACGCUCAUAAUAUAUAUGUGUAAUUUCUAGUCAAAAUGUGAGUUGUUGGAGCUUUAAUCUUUUGAAUUAAUAUGUGGCCAUUAUCUAAAUUCAUUUUGUUUUCAUAACUUUUAAGUAUGUUCUCCGUGGUAAAUAGCUGUUAAUAUUCAAAUCCUUAUUUGGAUGGGCCAUAUUGUUUUGCUUCCACGUGACCAUCUCAAUACCUACAGAACAUGUGAUGUUCACUCUUGUAUGCUCCAAAAUAGAAGGAAGAAAGGGUGACGUUUCUUUCUAAAUUCCAAGCGGUCAGCGACCUAAAAGUGGGAUUUCAACUGAACCAAAACUAGAGAGAUGUAACAUCCGCUUUAGUUGUUGUGCGUUUUGCAAAUUGGGGAGUUUUAGUUGUUGUGCGUUUUGGUCAGCUGUCAAAGGGGACGGCGAUCAAUUUGGUGAAAUUGUAGCUGCGAAUUCGGCCAAGAAUGGAAAAAGGAUACAUAGCAGUUUUUUUUUUUUUUUUUUUUUUUUUUUUUUUUU